CCAAUGUGAAGAGGAGGCCAAAUCACUUUCUCCCCUGUCCACUAUACUUUCUCUCUCUAGCAUUUUAUAGUUUUUGUUCUUCAAUAAGCUUUUAAGCUUCCAUUAAUGGCUUCCGAGCUCGAUUCUUGUACCGUGUACACACCCCCGAUAUCAAUAAAAAUCCCCCGUUGGCAAGGUACCGCCAAAAAAGGCCCGUGGUUUUCUCCCGAUUUGGGUUUCCACGUAAAAAUCCCCGUGUUUAUAGUUUGGUGUAUUUUUUAGACCAGUUUAUUGUUUUAGCCGGGCUAAAACGAUAUACCGAUCGAUAAUUUACACCAUCAUUAUGCGUCUUUUUUAACAACCAUAUUCUUGGGUAUUCUCUAGCACGUGACUAGCUAGACAGGCUUUAAGUGAGAAUUGAAGUGAAUUUUGACUGAAAUUCUUAUGUAUUAAAUAAAUCACUGAUUAACUUUGAAAAAAGGAUGACAAAAUUUAAAUUAUGGAAUUAAUAAAUACAAAUGGGAUAAGAAAACAUAAAAAAUUUGAAUACUCCCUACUUUAGCUAGUCUUUUGUUUUGCUUUCUUUUUUAUAACACAAUGAAUAAAUAGAUAAACAAAUGUAUGUUGCAUUUCAAGAAUGGCAUAUUGUAGUGGUUUACAAUUUUUUAUUCGCAAACCUCUAAUAUUUUGUUAUUUUUAUUCUGGAAACUUUUUUUCCCGUGCAAGGUACAUCUAUGAAUCUAGUGAUGUUAAAGGUAUGUUUUGCAUAUUUAAAAAUAUUUUUAGAUUUUUUAUCUAUCCCAAAAUAAAGAUAGACUUCCCAUAUUAGAAAAUUUUAUACUCCGUAUGAUUUAUAUAUCAUUUUUUGUAUCAAUUUUAACUACACAAUUUUAUUUUUCAUAACUCGUGCAUUCUAUAACAUUAGUAGAGGACGGGAAGGAGUAAUUAAAUUAAAUUAUCACUUCCUACCUGAAUUUAGUAAAUUAUCAGUCUGGACCAGAGACUACCGGAUUCCCCGUGCUCCACUUUCCGUUGCGAACCACCUGUAAACGCGAUUACGCAGUCCAAGCGAAGAAGAAGAAGAAAUCCUCUACACGCCAUUUUCGAGCUCUCAGCUUCCUCCCAUGUCUUCUCUCUAAACACCGUAGCCGGAUCCAGUAACCUUUUGGUAAGGGGUGGCUUUGUUUGGUACUCCGUAUAAGGUAUGGUGAUUUCUAUAUUUCCUUUCCUGUGGGAAGAUAUCACGAUUUUGACAAUUCAUGGAUUGGUGUUUUCUUUUGAGUUGAACUUCUUAUACCAUUUCAUGCGCGAAGAAGCACAGAAAUGAAGUUUGGGAAAGAGUUCAAGAAACAGCAGGUGCCAGAAUGGGUAGAAGCAUAUGUGGACUAUAAUGGACUCAAAAGGAUAUUGCAAGACAUUCGCCAUAUCAAAAAACCCAUACAACCUACAACUCCGGCACAACAGAAACACAGGUUCCACAGGGCCUUCAGUGGACCGGAAACUAGAGCUGAAAAUAGUGGAGAUGUUGAGGAUCAAGUUAUAGCUGUGGACACUGUACAAGAAGAGAACUCCAUAGAGAUGUACCAUUCCAAGUUUCUGAAGCCCCCUGAAGGAGGACAGAACGAGAUUAUGUUCUUCAAGAAACUUGACAAUGAGCUUAACAAGGUCAAUACCUUUUACAAUGAAAAGGUGGAGGAAGUGAAAAGCGAAGCAGCAAUGCUGAACCAACAGAUGGACGUAUUGCUUGCAUUGCGUAUAAAGGUGAUGAAUCCAGAUUUCGAUGCAUCCGCUUCUCUGCAACAGCUUUCUGUAGAUAAUAACCAUUCAAUGCCCUCAAGAGAUACGAAGCAUAUAGAUUUGGCACCAAGGGUGGAUCAUAGUCCUGAAAGAUUGUCAUCUGAUCAUGCCAAAUACAACUCUGGUACAGAAAGGAACACAGCUACAGAAAAUGAAGAACAACACCCCCUGGAAAUCCUUGAUCGUGUAAAGAUUGUUAAUACCUUUGAAACUCCAAUGUCUACAAUAAGAGGGGUUCUGAGAGAUUCCAAAGAAAAUGAUUUGAGGUUCAAGAGAGAAGAACUAAAGAAGGUUGAUCAAAGGUUGAAAAUAGCCUUUAUCGAGUUCUAUCGAAAGCUUCAUCUUCUAAAGAACUUCAGUUAUACAAACCUCUCAGCCUUUUCCAAGAUCCUGAAAAAGUAUGAAAAGAUUACGUCAAGAAGAGCUGCACGGUCAUACAUGAAAAUGGUGGAGAACUCUUAUCUCGGAAGCUCUGAUGAGGUCCGGUUAAACUUGAUACAAUUUGAUAAUAACUGGUCUUAUUGAAUAAUGAAGGAUACAUCCCUAUAUAUAGAGAUUACAAGAGAGAGUUCUAAUCUAAGUAGGAGAAGAGUUAUAGUUACAAUGAUAUAAGAAAGUAAUGCAAUAAGGAAGGUAAUGAAUAAUAAUAUUCUUUUUCCUAAUACAUCUAUUAUUCCUAAUAAAACUUGUUGUGAGUU